AGGACUAAGAAAGAGAUUCAAAGGAUGCCGAGGUCUUUCCUUGUGAAAAAGAAACGUGGGGCAUGUGGAGCAUGGCAGUGGAAAGAGCCUGAACAGCUCGAGUGGAAAGAAGACUCUCCAUUAGCAGUUGAAAUAGCAAUGGAGCAGAUAUCCUGCUGUCCUGCCACUGUGCCUCAGUCGUCUCAGGCCGCCUUAGACUGUGGGACAGCAGCAGGGAUGACAGCAUCAGGACCUUCAGCAGGACCAGGAGAACCAGGGGCCGACACCAGGCCAGACUGGCCCUCACUGAUGCUACGGGGCUCCUUCUACCAUCCCAGUACACUGGCACUGGUCAGCAGAGCCAAGCCCCGACUUCGUACUUCCCCUGGUUCAGGAGACUUUGUGUGCUCAGUGUGCCACAAGAUCUUCCCUCUGCAGCGCAUGUUGACUCGACACCUCAAGUGCCACAGCCUGGUGAAGAGACAUCCAUGUCGCUACUGUGGCAAAGGAUUUAACGACACCUUCGACCUCAAGCGGCAUAUGAGAACACACACAGGUAUCCGUCCUUACAAGUGUGAGCUCUGUGAGAAGGCCUUCACACAGCGCUGCUCUCUGGAGUCCCACAUGAGGAAGAUUCAUGGUGUUCACCAACAGUAUGCCUACCGCCAGAGACGCUCCAAAAUCUUUGUGUGUGAGGAUUGUGGUUUCACGUCAAGCCGCCCUGAUGAAUACUUCCUCCAUGUAAGACAGUGCCACCCUGGCAGUCCUGCCCUCCGCAGGUACUACCGCCGCCAGGCUCAUGACAACAGCAGCUUUGCCUCAGCAGACUGUAAAAUCAACCCAUAUGUGCUGUACUCAACCCCUGCAUACUACAUGUAGGGCUCAAAUACAUUGUAUUGUAGAUGCUCCAUUUGUCAUUCAUAAUUGAAAAUAACAUUUCUUAGUUUUUUUUAUUAACCCUUAAUAGGGCACUCAUUGACAUACUUGCAAAUUCCAAAUUUCAACCCAAGAGAAUAUUGGAGGAUAUUAUAUACUGCCAGAA